CCGUGGACAGUGCCCCAGGGCCGAGAGGGGCCUGCAGGGGGCCUGGGAGCGCUUGGCUCUGAGCUCAGUCAUUUGAGGACCGCCAGGAGCAGAGAGGCCCCGCCCCCGUGGACAACCCGAAGGGCGUCCGCAGGGCAGAGAUGGCCAGCGGAGUCGAGUGGCGGCUGGCCCGGUACCUGGAUGUGUUGGAAAAGGAGAUGCUGAAGGAGUUCCAGCUUCGGCUGCCUGAGAAGCCCCUUGGCAGGCCCCCACUCCACCUCACCCCGGCUUGUGGGAAGCAGCCAGGGGGCCUGGAGGUGGCCUCGCAGCUGGUGGCUCAGUACGGGGAGCAGCAGGCCUGGGACCUGGCCCUCCACACCUGGGAGCAGAUGGGCCUGAGCCAGCUCUGCACCCAGGCCCGGGGAGAGGUGGCCUUGAUGCCAGCUGAGUAUUCCUGGUUGCCCUGCUCCCCGAGCGCACCCAGCAUGCAGUCACCCAGCGGGCCCACCUCCACCAAGGUGCUGUCAUUUGUCCAGGACCCACCGACUAGGAGUUGGAGACAGCUGCGGGGCAAAUUCAGACGCAGCCUUCAGAACCGUAAGCCUGGCCCGGGAUCUCCUGCUGGUUCCACCCAGAUGAGCCUAAGGCUGCACGGGGCUCUGGGUGGGGCAAAGGGGAAAGCAGCAGGGUGGGGGGCCAGGCUGGGGUGGCGGAGGCAGGCGGCCUGGAAGUGAUCUUCUGGAAGGUUCCAGCGCUGAGGUGACAGCCCGUUCCAAGUGAGAGAUGGGGACAGGAGAGCCAGGCGGGGUGGCCGGCGUAUUACCGGGCCGGAGCUUCA